AUGCGCGUGCGGGCGGCUUACCGCUUUAGGACUACUCGACUUGGCAUUUUCGGUCAAGCGCCGCGCCGUGGACGCGUCUCAACUUGCACCCCGCGAUUGUCCGGCCACAACGCGAUGGCGCCGACGCGUUCAGGUCCUAACAAGGUGGCCAAACGACGAGGGAGGCCUCCAGGGCUGCGCAAGUCCAUCACGGCGAAGAAACGAGGACCGAAGCCACUUACAGCGACGGAGAAGGCUGGACAAAAGAGAUCAUCGCAGGCUCAAGCGGGUUCAGAUCGUCCACUUGUGAAAACAACUCGGGGAAGACCGUCGAAAACCCACAACGAAGAAGUCGACGCUGACGCGGACGAAAUUGCAGCAGAGCAGCCCAAGACGCAAAAGUACGUGCAGCUCGCGCCGAGGACAAGGAGGAUUGCACAGGAGAAGAUAGACACAUGGCCACAGGUCUCCCCGCAGGUCCUAGAACAAAUUGUCGGGGUGCUCAAGGACGCAAAGAAGGACAUUGUCAACAACCAGCGUGAUGAGCACAGAACAAGGAUUGCAGAUGAUGCCUUGAGCGUUCUUGUUCGGGUGCUUGCACGCCAAUUGUCUGCGUCAAGAAUCCCGCCCCAAGCUAAAGAUAUCCACUUCAAUAUUGACAAGCUCACUGAGCGCUACGCGCAGCUCUUCCGAGAGGUCACGACCGAACGCCAUUCGAAGCAGCUCCUCAAAGAGCAGGUGAAGGUGGCCCGGCACUUUCUGAAAAAGGAUGAAGAAAAUCUCGAGCAGCUGAAGAAGAACGCGAAAAAGUGGAAGGCCGAGUGGAAGCACCAGGAGAAGCAUGGACGGAUGCAUCCUCUGUUACAGGACUUGGAGGAUGACGAGGGCGAGGGCGACGGGCCUGACGACAUUGGCUUGAAGCGAUGCAGGCCAGCGGACCUCUCAAUGGUGGAUUCUCCUGAUUCCGAGCUCGCGCCGCUCGUCGAGCAGCUCCGACGAAGCCUGGAGAACAUGCAGGGUAAUCAUGAGCAAGUCGCAGGCAUCGACGAGGCGAUGAGGGACGCGCAGGCGGCAUUGGACGACGUGCUUUUCAAACGCGCCAGCGCACAACAGUACGCUGCACUCUGA